UCGACUGACGAUCGAUUCACGUACGUGUCGAUCCGGUCGGUCCUCGCACGUUCGCAUCGCACCCACGCACACAACGUUGCACCCCAGCCAGAGUCCACCCCGUGGUCCGGUACGCCCCCAUGAAUGGUUAGACAAGCGGAGCUGGUACAGCCAUGAAUUCCAUCGGCUGACUGGACGCCCAUACACCCACCCACCCACCCACCGACAGUCAGACAGACAGACACUCAGACAGUCAGUCAGACAGACGUGCAGAUUAAACUAUCCAGGAAAAAUGCUGGCCGUUGCACUCACACACGCCCACUCAGAUACGCUCUUGGUCAUGUUGAUGCCUCCCUCCCAUCUCAUUUCUUGAGUGAGACCAUCUGCUUCCCGUCCGUCGACAACACAAACAUGUCCGUGUGGCGCUGAAUGUCAAGAGCACACACACACGGCUGCAUGGCUGCAUGUGCGCGUGUACGUGCCCACAAAACUUACGUACUACCUUGAUGAUCUGGCUGAUUUUGUCCUUCACCCCAUCGGGUUUCUUGACUCUUGCGCCGAGGAGGCUCAUGUUGGCCUUCUGACCGUCCUGGCUGCCGAUGAAGUUGGCCAACUCACUCACGAAUUGCUGCUCCGCAUCACCACCACCUGCCGCAGCAGCACCAGCACCAGCAGCACCAGCAGCCACCCCUGGGACGCAUAACAGGGGGCCGACACACAUGGAUGAUGGCGUGUAUUGCGUGGCGUGACGAGGGUGUUUCGUACUUGGCUUCUUUUCUUGUGGUUGCUGCUGCUGCGGUUGGCCCUCGGUCUUGCGCUUGAUGGACGCUGCCGCGGGCUUGGCGGCCUCCUGCACAUACAUCCACACAGAGAGAGAGAGAGCACUGCCAUGCCCUCUGGGCAGUGUGUCUCUCUGUGUUGUACGUCGUGUCGGCACCUUGGCUUUCGGCUUGGCAUGGGCUUUGGCUUUUGGUUGUGCCUUCUUUGGCGGCUCCUCAUCCUCUUCAUCCUCCGCAUCUUCAUCUUCGUCUUCAUCCAUAGCCGCGGGGCCGCCCUUCCUCUGGACAGCCACACCCAUGUCUGCAUACACACACCACACCGCACCACACCACACCACACACGUGCAGCACCUGGCACCCUGGAUGUAUCUGCCCUUGCGCAAGGACCUUCACCUUCGUCGCCCUCGUCUUCAUCCUCAUCCUCAUCUGCACAAACACACACACGCAUCGCACACGCAUCCUUCAAGCCAUCCAUCCAUCCAUCUCUCUCUAUGGGUGCAGAUUGUCCCACCCACCCAUAGCCAGGGGAGGUUGUGGUUUGGCAGCCUUGGGCUUGGGGGUGGGGAGUGACGGCUUUGCCUUGGCCUUGGCCUUGGUCGCACCCUUUCUGUCUGGCAUCUGGUCGAUGAUCUUCUUGAUCGCUGAACACUCAGAGACAGCAGGGCGCGCCACGAUGAUGUGCGCCGCGUGUGUCUCAGUGGAGGCACCUUCUGUUGUCUCCUCGUCCUCAUCCUCAUCCUCGUCGUCAUCGUCAUCGUCGUCUUCUUCUCCUUCAGCAGCAGCAGCCCUCCUCGCGGCCAUCAUGCCCAGCAGGGCCUUCCCCUCAUCAGCCAGCCCCGCCCCCCCCGCGCCCGCAAAGGGCGCAAACUUGACCAUCGGCGAGAGAGAGCCACAGACGUGAAUGGCAGACUUGCCCGAGUUGUGCAGACUCAGCCCCGCACCGCCACGCAGAUACAAAGUCACGCCAGUCUGCAGCAAAGAAAGGAACGGGCGGGCGAUGCAUCAAUGGCCUGUGCUCGCGCGUGUAUGUGUGUGUGUGUGUGUGUGUGUGUGUGCUUGCUACGUAUUCGAUUUUGCCCUUCUCGAGGAAUGCGCAUCUGUAGUUGGUGUCCUUGCCGUCCUUGCGUUCGACCACACAGAGGUAGUUUCGUCCAUCGGUAGGGUUGUCGAGGCACAGCUGCUGCAUCUCAAAGAUGUCAUCACUGUCCCCAGGCACUGCCUUCGUCUCGCCCGGCUUAAGCACGAGACCUGAACAGACACGCAGACGAAAUGCGAGUUUGUUGAGUUUUUCGGCGUGUUUUUCAUCAUCGACUCACCCUGAAACAUCAUGCUCAUCACGAGGACCAGGCUCAGGACCCGAGUGCCUCCAGAUCCCAGGAGAGGCAAGG